AUGUUUAGGGCUGGAAGGAAGCAGCUUUGGAAGCAGAGCAUUGGUAGAGUUAUAAAGCAAAAGCUUAUAGAAGAGAGGGAGGCAAAACGUGCUCGACUAGAUGGCAGGCACAGUUACUUACUGGAUAUCGUUGUUUCUUGUGUGAAUCUGGACAAAGCAGAAGUAGAAGAUGCUAUUCUUGAUGGCAACCAGAUAGAGCGUAUUGACAAAUUCCUGGCCCCUGGAGGUCUGCGUCAUCUGGUGUUCUAUUAUCAAGAUGUGGAGGCAACAGAUACAGGAAUGAACUCUCAUUUGACAAAGAAGACAAAAACUAAAGUAUUCGUGACAGAGGGAAAAGAAAUUGCAUUAACUGGUGUAUGCAUUUUCUUCAUUAGAUGUAGUCUUUUUAAACCCAUCACAACUGAGAAUAUCUAUCAGGAAGUGAAUUUUAAUAUGAUGAAUGUAGGUCAAGAUGGCUUACUAAAAAGUGUUGAGGAGUUGAUAUCAGAAGUCUUCAUUCCAGCCUUGCAGACUAUGGACCAUGACUGGGUUGAGCUUGGUGAAACUCAACAGGCUUCCAGUGUUAAGCAGGACAUCCUUUGUUCCCUCAAAGCAUUUGUUAGUGUGCUAUCAGGAACUCAGCAAAGUCUGUUGGAAAAGAUCAGCCUGAAGAAAUGUGAAACGUAUGAUCUGAAAACUCUAAGAGGACCUUCAGAUUACCUGAUGGUUGCUAACAGCAUAGAUACUCUUGAAAGAAUAGAAGUCUGCAUGAAAGGAUGGAUCAAACAAAUUGAACAGGUUCUUGCAGAAAAUGACCAGCUGAGGAAGGAAGCUGAUGACCUUGGACCACGAGCAGAGCUUGAUUACUGGAAAAAGAUAUUGUCAAAAUUCAGCUACCUUACGGAGCAGCUGAGGAGCCCAGAUGUGAAGGCAGUGCUUGGAGUACUCACCGCUGCUAAAUCCAAACUGCUGAAGAACUGGCGAGUGUUGGAUAUUUGCAUAACAGAUGCAGCAAAUGAAGCUAAAGAUAAUGUCAAGUAUCUGUAUUCUCUGGAAAAAUGUUGUGACCCACUAUAUAACAGGGAUCCUGUGUCCAUGCUGGAUGCUAUUCCAGGACUCAUAAAUGCAAUUAAAAUGAUUCAGAGUAUCUCUCAGUAUUACAACACAUCUGAAAAGAUAUCCUUGCUGUUUGUGAAGGUGACCAAUCAGAUGAUCACAGCAUGUAAAUCUUACAUUACAAACAACAAUACGGCCACUAUCUGGAAUCAACCUCAGGAGAGAGUUAUGGAAAAGCUACAAGCAGCCAUUAAGCUUAAACAGGAGUAUCAAAAUUGCUUUCACAAGACAAAAGAGAAAUUGAAACGAAAUCCAGCUGAAAGACAGUUUGAUUUUAGUGAGAUGUAUAUCUUUGGAAAAUUUGAAACCUUUCAUCGGCGUUUGGUAAAGAUAAUGGAUGUUUUCAAUACUAUGAAAACCUACUCAGUUCUACAGGAGUCUAAGAUAGAGGGGUUGGAAGGAAUGAUCACAAAAUAUGAGAGCAUUGUCGACAUCAUGAAGAAAGGACAUUACAAUUUCUUGGAUCAACGGAAUACUGAUUUCGACCACGACUAUGAAGAGUUUUGCAAAGGCAUAAAUGAUCUUCAUGAUCAGUUAAGGAAGUUCAUGGACGUCACUCUGGAAAAUACUCUGAACACUGAAAGAGCAUUGAAUAUGUUGAAGAAAUUUGAAAGGUUACAAAUCCCGAAUCUUGGCAUUGAUGAAAAGUAUCAGAAAAUAUUUCAAAACUAUGGCCAUGACAUAGAAACAGUCUGUAAGAUCUACACUAGGCAGAAGCAGGACCCUCCACUGGCUCGUAAUCUGCCUCCAAUAGCUGGUAAGAUCUUGUGGGCUCGCCACCUAUUCCAUAGGAUCCAGGAGCCCAUGGAGUCUUUCCAGCAGCACCCAGCUCUUCUCCAGACACCAGAUGGCAAGCGCAUAAUCCACAACUACAACAAAGUAGCAAAAGUUCUUGUGGAGUUUGAGGUGAUCUACCACAGGGGAUGGCUUCAGCAGAUUGAAUUCACUAGAACAGGACUUCAGGCAUCUCUCUUGGUAAAAGCUCCGGAAACAGGAGAAUUAUUAGUGAAUUUUGACUCUCAAAUAUUAACUUUAAUCAGAGAAACAGAUUGCAUGGCUCACAUGUGCCUUGAAAUCCCGCCAUCUGCAAGUAUUAUUCAACAGAAGAGAGACUGGUAUAAGAAGAUUGUCAACAAUUUGCAUGUGAUGCUGGCAGAAUAUAAAAGAAUCAAAAUGAAAAUACAGCCCCCUGUUGAACAACUGAUGGCUCCUUGGUUAGCGGAUGUAGAUGAUGCUAUCCAGCCAGGUCUAGUGUUGCUGACCUGGACAUCUUUGAAUAUUGAGAAAUAUACCAAUACAGUUUUUUACAAGCUGGCUGGUCUGGAGUUGUUGCUUGAUCGAGUGAAUGACUUGAUUGAAUUUCGUAUUGAUGCUGUCCUUCAAGAAAUGAAUAGAGUGCCACUUUGUAAGUUGCCAGAAGAUGAACCACUGAGCUGUGAGGAAUUUCUCCAGAUGACUAAGGAGCUCUGUAUAAAAGGUUCUCGGAUUUUACAUUUAAAAAGCUCACUGGUGGAAGAUGCAGCUAAUGAGCUGAUUAACAUGUUACUGGACACUGAGGUACAGGUCCAAAAAGAACAGUCAGUUGUGCCCGCUGGUGAAUUAAGGGAGAAAAAUACAGCAACAGAAGAGGAAAGAAGAUCAAAAAGCUUGACUUCCUCCCACAAUUCCAGUGAGAUAAGGGCUGGACUAUCUCCUCCAGCAAAGAGGAAGAGAAUGGAUUUAGAAGUGUUAGAGGAAGAAGCUAAUGAACUACUUUCUUACUUCAAUCAGUGUAAUGUUGAUGCCCUUUUGAAAGUCACUCGGAACACUCUGGAGACCAUACGCAAGCGCAUCCACACAUCUUCCCUGAUCAGCUUCUUAGAAAAUCACAAUGCUUCUAAGCAGAAAAAGAGUGCUCAUCCUAUAAUUAGGACUAAUAUUAACCUAUCUAUCCCUAACAUCAUCAUGACACCCUCUUUGGAUGAGGUACAGCAGACACUUAAUAAAGCUGUAGACGGCAUUGUGAAAGUAAUGAAAGGAGUUGGACAGUGGAGUGAGGAGAGAAUAUCCAAGAAGAAAAUGUUAGAAAGGAAAGCAGCUGUGUUGCGGUGUGAGAGCAGAGACAAUGAUUCUGAUGAUGGAAUAAAAGAGAUUGGAAAGAAAAACAUUCAUGAUAGUGUGUCAGAUGCAGCAUCACUCAGCUUGUCUGAUCCAGUGCAAAGUCAGAACUACUUCAAGAGUGUUUCGGAGAACAAAGAAAUUAUUAAAUUAGUAUCUUUACUCAGCACUGCUAUUAAUUCUACAAAAAGGGAAGUUCUUGCAGCUUUGGAGAGUUUUAGUUGUUACCACCAUAUAUGGCAGAGGGACAAGGAGGAAACUAUUGGUAAAUUAGUGAUGGGAAACCCAUUACUCUCUUUUGAAUCUGAAAUUCUGCAUUUCCAAGAGUUGGAGCUGAAGAUCAAUUCUGAGCCUGAAUACAUCCGCGUGGGAGCUGUUGCACUGUACACUGCUGAUCUGAAACUAGCACUGAGAGCAGAAACCAAAGCCUGGGUGACUUUGUUGGGGUAUCAUUGUAAUAAGAAGUACCAAACGGAGAUGGAAGCAAUUUUCACUUUCAUAGAGGAAACUGGCAAGAAGCUCAAUCGCCCUAUCAAGGACCUGGAUGAUAUAAGAAGAGCCAUGUCAGCUUUGAAAGAGAUCAGAGAGCUACAGAUCUCCAUAGACUCUCAAGUUGGACCCAUUGAGGAAUCCUAUGCUAUGUUAAACAAAUAUGAUCUGCUUGUAGCCAAGGAAGAGACAGAGAAGGUGGACACUUUGCACUACACUUGGGAAAAACUGCUAGCCCGUGCGAAUGAAGUGCAGGAUGAGCUCAUUGCUUUGCAGCCAAACUUCAGAGAAGAGCUUGUGAGCACUGUGAAGAGUUUUACUGAAGAUUGUGCACAGUUCUAUAAAGAUUACAAUCAGAAUGGGCCAAUGGUGGUUGGUUUAGAGCCUCAGGAAGCCAGUGACAGGCUUACUAUGUUUCAGACUCGAUUUGAUAACCUUUUCCGGAAAUAUAUUACCUGUACUGGUGGGGAAGUUCUUUUUGGUUUGCCUGUUACUCAGUAUCCUCAGCUGCUUGAAAUAAAGAAGCAACUGAAUCUGUUACAGAAACUCUAUAACCUAUAUAACAAUGUCAUUCACACAGUCAGUGGCUACUAUGAUAUUCUUUGGUCAGAAUUAGACAUUGGAAAAAUUAACAAUGAACUUCUAGAGUUUCAGAACAGAUGCUGUAAGCUUCCUCGUGGUGUAAAGGAGUGGCAGGCCUUUUUUGACCUAAAGAAGACCAUUGAGGACUUCAGUGAAUGUUGCCCAUUGCUUGAGCGUAUGCUGAGCAAAGCAAUGAUGCCUCGGCACUGGAAGCGCAUUACAGAUCUCACUGAACACAGCUUUGAUGUGGAAAGUGAAACAUUCAAACUGAGGAAUAUAAUGGAAGCUCCACUAUUAAAAUAUAAAGAGGAAAUAGAGGAUAUUUGCAUAAGUGCUGUGAAGGAGAGAGACAUUGAGCAGAAGUUGAAACAAGUGAUAGCUGAAUGGGACAACAAAACAUUUGUCUUCACAAACUUCAAAACCCGUGGGGAACUUCUUUUAAGAGGUGACAGCACAUCAGAAACAAUUGCUACUAUGGAGGACAGCUUGAUGAUUCUUGGCUCUCUCAUGAAUAACAGAUACAACACACCCUUCAAGGCACAGAUUCAGAAAUGGGUGCACUAUCUUUCCAACACAACUGACAUCAUUGAGAACUGGAUGACUGUGCAGAAUUUGUGGAUUUAUUUAGAAGCUGUUUUUGUUGGCGGUGACAUAGCAAAGCAGCUUCCAAAGGAAGCAAAGCGUUUCUCUAACAUUGAUAAAUCCUGGGUGAAGAUCAUGACCCGAGCUCAUGAAACGCCUAAUGUUGUUCAGUGCUGCAUUGGAGAUGAAAUCAUGGGACAGUUACUACCACAUUUACUAGAACAGCUUGAAAUCUGUCAGAAAUCACUCACAGGGUACCUGGAGAAAAAACGCCUCCUAUUUCCACGAUUCUUCUUUGUGUCAGAUCCUGCUCUCUUAGAAAUUCUUGGCCAGGCAUCAGACUCUCACAAUAUACAGGCACAUCUGCUGAAUGUUUUUGACAACAUUAAAACUGUGAGGUUCCAUGAAAAGAUAUAUGAUUGUAUAUUGUCAAUCAGUUCACGAGAGGGUGAGGCUGUAGAGCUGACUAGACCUGUAAUGGCCGAAGGUAAUGUGGAAGUUUGGCUCAAUUCUCUGUUGAAGGAAUCCCAGCUGUCACUGCAUCACGUUAUUCGCCAGGCAGCGGCACACAUCCAGGAAACUAGUUUCCAGCUGACUGAAUUUCUUUCUACUUAUCCAGCCCAGGUUGGGUUGUUGGGAAUCCAAAUGAUUUGGACAAGGGACUCAGAAGAAGCUUUGGCUAACGCCAGGUAUGAUAAAAAAAUUAUGCAAAAGACAAACCAGUUUUUCCUGGAUCUUCUAAACACGCUGAUAGAUAUGACAACAAAAGACCUUAGCCCAGUCGAGCGAGUUAAAUAUGAGACAUUAAUCACUAUUCAUGUGCAUCAGCGGGACAUUUUUGAUGGUCUGUGCUGCAUGCAUAUCAAGAGCUCUACAGAUUUCGAGUGGCUGAAACAGUGUAGAUUUUAUUUUAAUGAAGACUCCGAUAAAAUGAUGAUUAAGAUCACUGAUGUGAGUUUCACAUACCAGAAUGAAUUCUUGGGCUGUACUGACAGGCUUGUCAUAACGCCUCUUACAGACAG